UCGUAUACGCAUGACGAGAGAAUCCUUGAAAUGUUUACAAAAUUUACAUGCCUGUCAAUGAUUGAAAUUAAGUUAUGAUUAAUUGUUAAAACAAAUUAAUCAGAGCGAUUAUGUGAUAAAACUGUUAUUAGAAUUUAGAGUGGCCAAUUCUCCUCUGUAAAAGGGUGGUUUAUGUGUAUGCUUCACACUACUUGCCUUUCUGGAGAACUCCAUGGAUGAUUAACUGACACCAACAAACAAGAUAAAGAAAGCUAAAUUUAGGUAAAUUGUGAUGGCUCAAAAGAAUGCUUUAGAUCUCGAUCUCAGUCUAACUGGUUCACAAAUAUCUGCGGGACUGUCAUCUGGAAAACGUCCUCGAUCAGCUCAACACUCAAAACGACCGUCUCCUGGCAUUGAGCCAAGGAAAAACAAGACAAGUAGUUUAAGAGAAAGAUCAGGUAGCAUAGGAGAAUUAAGUAAACAAAAACCAUCACCAGGUUUAUCUACUCCAUUAUCAAGCUACAGAAGUGAGCAAAGUGAUAUUUCGUCUGUUAGUAAAAAUGCUCUUAGUAUUCGAGGUAGAACAAAAAGUAAUGAUGAUUUUCUUGCAUUAUUUGAAAAUUCACCUCAACCUAAGAUAAAGAAACCUGCCACAGUAUCAGCAAUUAGUAAUCAUAGCAAAAAAUCUCUCAAAAAUUCUUCUAAACUUAUCUGGGACAAUCAAUCUUUAAAAGGAAAGCAUAUUACUAAUAGCUCCAGAAAUAAGCCUGGACUUGAGUCAAAUCGCUCUGAUCGCUCAGAGCCGCAUAAUAUAUUUCAUCCACAGAUAGACAAUGAUAGUAGCUCUGAAGAAAUUGAAGAUAUAGAAGAAAGCCUUUCUCGUUCCAUUAAUAAAUUGCAAACUCUCCAGAAUCAAUUGUCAGGAAUCAAUAAUAAUGCUACUGAAGAUGCUAAAAUUACUAAGACUUCUCCGAGACAAUCUGCACCAGUUAGUUGUAGUAUUGCCAAUAAUAUGACCUCACAAGGAUUGUCUCCAAAAAAUAAAGGCCCUUUAUCAAAAAUCGAAAAAUCAUACCAAAAUAUUAAUCACAAGGCUCCAGUUAAUCAAGUUCCUAAAACAAGUGAUAAACACGUAGGUUUAAACGUAGCAGAAGAUUAUAUUCAAUCUUUAAACACAGCUGCAACCAAAAUUCAAAAAUGGUAUCGACGCCACGAUGUCCGUCAAAAAGCUAGCUCUGCAGCUGUACGGAGACUACUCAGUCAGAAACACAAAGAAAAGAUAGAAGAAAGGAACCAUGAUGUACAUAUGUCACUCUCUGAGAAACAAAUAGAAGAGAAGAAAAUUGAAGAAAGAAAGAAAGUGAGAGAAGAAAAAGCUCGUUUAGCCAGGAAACAAGCAAUACAGGAUCUACAAAAGAAAAGGGAAGAAAAGAAAGAAGUAGUAAAGAAAAAAGUUGAACUAGAAAUCUCAUAUUUACAAGCAAAUGGAAAACUAAAGAAAACUCCAUCUAACACUAGUUUAAAUAGUAAGAAGAAGAGUUCUCCAGUUAACCCUCUAUCACCCGUUGAACCCUCCUCUAGUCGAACUGAAAGAUCUGAGGCAACACUUACAAAUGGUAAUGUUCACUCAGCUGUAGAUGAAAUAUUUCAGUCAGGGCCAUUUUCACCAAGAUCAAGAAAUUCGGUUGGAGCUGAAAAUGUGACACCUAAAUUAACUGCCAGGAAAAGUCCUAGUCAAGCUGCAAGUCAGAGCACAUUAAAUGAUCUGUUUGAUACCCUGAGAAAACUUGAAGCAGAGGAACAUUUAGUGACACCAAGACCAGAAAAGAAAAAAAAUACAUGGAUGGAUGAAAUUUCUAAAGAUGAUGAUACUGAUGAUAGCAAGGAAUUUAAUCUUACAGCUGAAAAUUUAUCAAAAUUGGGACGUACUAAGGAUGGUCUUGGUAAAAGUGGUUUCUUAACAGAUGAUAAAUUAAAGAGUAUAAUCACCUUCUUAGAUGAAGUUCAAGUUAGCGACCGAAUUAGUGUUAUUGAUUCUGAAUUAAAUAAGAUUAAUGAAGAUUUACAGAAACCAGCCCUUUUAGUACCAGACGGAGAAGAAAUCGCUCAUAUGGAACAAGCUCAAGCUGUGGCUAGUGAAGUUACAAAUACUGUUUUAUCACAAAGAUUAGAAUUAGAUGAAAAGAAACGAACAGUACAUAUGUUGCAGAAGGCACUGAAUCAACAAAGAGAGUUAACUGUAAGGCAUGCAAAGGAAACAGAGAAAGAAAUGACAAAGCGGUUAGAUUUUCAGAAAGAUGAAUAUGAAGAAGCUAUCAAACGUCAUUUAUCUUUCAUUGAUCAAUUGAUUGAUGAUAAAAAGAACUUAAGUGAGAAAUGUGAAACAUUGGUUAAAGAAUUAAAAACUGUGGAUAAAAAAUAUCAAGACAAGAUUAAAAAUUUAGAUGAAAAUCAUGGUUUAGAAAUUUCCAAACUAAAAGAUAUUCAUGCAGCAGCUGAGAAACUUCGAAGAGAAAAAUGGAUUGAAGAUAAGACAAAGAAAAUCAAGGAAAUGACUGUAAAGGGUCUAGAACCAGAAAUACAAAGAUUAAUAGCUAAACAUAAAUCUGAGAUGAAGAAAGUGAAACAGAUACAUGAUGCUGAACUUCUUCAUGCCGAUGAACGAGCAGCACAGAGAUAUGUUAAUAUGACAGAAGAAUUAAGAGAUCAGUUAGCUAAAGAAAAAGAAGAAGCGUGUAGAAGAGAAAGAGAACUUGCUAAAGAAAGAUAUGAGAAACAACUUCAACAAGAAGAGUUGGCCUAUCAACAGCAAAGACGUAGAUUAUACACCGAAAUACAAGAAGAAAAAGAUCGUCUAUCUACACAAGGAACUCGUCAAAGAUCAGAUUUAGAAACCUUAAAAAGACAAUUAGAAGAUAGUCAUAGACAUGCUUUAGAUGCCAUGAAAACAGAAUUUGAAAAAUCUAGGGAGGAGCAAGAAAAACGCCAUACUGGUGAAAUACAAGAUUUACAAGAAAGACUAAGAUUAGAGAAAGAAGCUUGGGAAGAGAAUUAUAUGAAGAAACAGGAAACUUGGUUAAUGCAGAAAGAAAGGGAAUUGAAAGACAAUGUGCGUCGAGAUCGAGAUAAAGAAAUUGAACUGGUGAUAUCACGAUUAGAAGAAGAUGCUACAUCAUCAAGAGAAGAAUGUGAAAGAACAGCGGAAAAUAGAAUCAAGAGAUUCCGUGAAAAAUAUGAUUGUGAAAUGAGAGAAUUGGAAAAAUCUGAGAGACAGGCUAUACAGAAAUAUAACCAAGUUAAGGCUGAAAUGGCAGAGGUUGAAGGAGAAAAUGCUAGAUUAAAAGUUGUGAUAAAACAAAAAGACAGAGAAAUAGCUGAUACCAAAAAGUUAAUUGAAAAACUACAGGAAGAAAGGGGAAAAGUAUCAGAUAUUAUAAGACAAGAAUUUGCCGAUAGAAUUGUUACGACAGAAGAAGAAAAUAAAAGAAUAAAGAAUGACAUAUCAGAACUUAGAGCUAAACAUCGCAUAGAAAUAGAAAAAACUAAAAACCUAUCUGAAGAAAUUCGCAAACAAAAAGAUGAAGAGUUGGAUGAGGUGCACAAGAGAGUAAAACAGGCCAUUUUAAAGAAAGAAGAUGUGGUUAGUCAGCUGCGACAACAAUAUCAAGCUGCCUUGAAGAGGGCAGAUCAUUUGGAAGGUCUGUUAGAACAGCAACGCAAACAACUAUUAGCAGGCAAAUAGAAGCACAAACUUACAUGUUUAUCAAACUAAUGCUUAUAAUAUCCAUGAUAAAAACAUUAUUCUCCCUCCAAUGAAGAGAUUAAUUUAUUAAAAUUGUUUUGUAGUUUUAUAAUAUAUUUUGUUAUUUAAAAGGCAGAGUUACGUUGAAAUGGGAUGUAUCUUUUUAUACUCCAAAGAAUAUCUAUAUAUUUUAUGUUUUGUUGGGAUGUUAAGAUUGUAAAAACAGUGUGUUGAUUUGAACUAAGCUGAAGGUUAUUCUAUAGCUAACUCUGUCCAUCUCUCAUAAAUGUUAAAGUAAUUAAGUAUCAUAGCUAAUAAUCUGGAUUUAUACCAAAUUGAAAAUAAAAAGGGAAAUUUUAACUGAACAAAGUUUAACUGAUUUCAUAUCUUAAAUAUUUAAAAGAGAUUCCUUUAAUAGUGAUUUUAUUUUGUCCAACUCAUGCAGGAUGGGUCUGGAUAAUAAUUUUCAACAAUUGGAUAAGUUUGCAAAAUUUAUUUAGGCUGCUACAAAGUGAAGUCAAAUUUUCUAUAGAUCCAAUAUAAGAUCUUGUAUGUAUGUUGAAACUAUAUUUGUAAUUUAUGUAUUGGGCAACAUAUCUGACUCCAUGAAAUAUAUUAUGUGUGAUAUUCUAUUUUCUAUAGUUAUUUGUCUAGGUUGUGAAAUUAAUUGUAAUGAACAUGCAAUGGUGCCUUUUAUCCACAGACAUAUAUUAGUCUACAUCAAUGCAACAGUUUUGUAGCCAUCCAUAUGCUUUAAUUUAAGAGAAAUUGUUAAUCCCUUUGUUCUUCAAUAUUAAUAUUAAUAUACGACUCCGAACAAAUAAACAAGUAGAAUAUGUCCCUUAUAGUACAGGUAACUCAGAAUAUGAUUUUUAUACGCCCACAAGGAAAUUAUUAUUAUUAUUAUUAUUACAGCAUAUUUAUAGUGCACCCUUUCAUAUAACAUGUUCAGGGGCACUUUACAAAGUGACAAUGUAAAUCACACAUAAACAACAAGAUUAUGGGCAUGUUAACGAUUGUAUACAGAGUCAGUUAAAAGCCUGAUUAAAUAAAUGUGUUUUAAGUUGUUUUUUAAAAGAAUAUAGAGAUGUACAACAUCUUAAACUAAAUGGUAGAUUAUUCCAUAAAACAGGUGCUUGAUAACUAAAAGAGCGCUGACCAUAAGAGACUAGUUGAACAGUUUUGGGCUUUAAAAGUAGUUUAUCUGAUGUACGUAAUGUUCGGCCAGGUGUAUAAAGUUCUAAAA